AUCCUAAUAAAGUAAUUCGUGAGGAGCCCCAUGUUGCUGUCUGUCCUCGGUAGACCUCUGCUCAGUGCCAGACUGUCCGGAGCUUUCUCUAUAACUUCAGCUGCAAUGGCAGACGCCCUGGCUAAAAUCCCCGUGGUAGAGAUUGACUCAGAGGGAACCUUUAAGUACAUUCUGCUCACAGUGAAAGUGAAAGAUGGGGAUGUGCAUAAAGAUAUAGUCCGAGGCACAAAAAGUGCAGAGUAUCACAAUCAUAUAUUUGAGAAGGUCAAUCCAGCUAUGGAGGCCUUGGGGAUGGAGUGUAAAUGCCUUGGAGGAGGGAAGAUAGAGCACAACAGCCAAGAGAAAAAACUGAGGGUGUUUGGAGAAUCAACUGCGUUUGGAAAAGCAGACCAUUCUGUGUCUGCGGAGAAGUUGAAGAGUGCCUUCAGCGACUACGAGAUCACCUGGUCUGACGACAAGAAAUAGAGUAAAUCUGCAACUAAUUAAAAUGUCUGCCUAUGUUAAUCAGUUCCAAUCCUUAUGUCCAACCAUAAUUUAAAUAAAACACACCAUUCUGCAUAUAA